AUUGUGAGCAGGUGUUGAUACCAGAACCAGAGCAGAAACCAGGGGGUCCAGAGAACUAUGACCAACAGAACUAAUCUGAUGUGGAGUCACAUGAUGAACAGAUGAUUGACAGAUGAUUGACAGAUGAUUGACAGAUGAUUGACAGAUGAGUGCAGUUCAUGCUCAUCUGAGAAUUUGAAGAGAAACAUUUGGACCCACAACUUUAGAACCAAGAGCUGUGUCUCCACACACACACACACACACACACACACACACACAAACACACACACACUGACUGAUAGUAACGUGCAGAGCCCCGCCCAUUUCCUCUGUACCAAUAAGAAGGAGUCGUAGGGAGAAGAAAAGCAAAGUCCUGCUGCUGCUGCUGCUGCUUUUCUCCUGAACCAGCAGUGACCACACACACGGUCAAACACUGGUCACAUGACCAGACGGCUGAGACACAGGACGAGAGACACAGGACGAGAGACACUAAGACAGACUGAGGAAAGUGAUGGAAAGAGAGAGUGAGUGAGAAGGAAACAGAGCAGAGCUGAAGUCCGGUGACUCUGCAGACGUUCAGCUGAGCUCACCUGAUUCUCCUUUACAUUCUCACAAACCUUCCUGGAAACAUGGAGGAGGUCCUUGAGGCCACGGAAACAACAGCGGUCCUGCCGCCUCUCCUGGAGCGCAGAAUCCGCCACCGAGAGCCCACACUUUCCAUCCUGAAGACCAAGCUGAAGCAGAGCAUGACCUGCUCUGUACCCAAAGUCCGAUCCACCCUGACCGGGUUCUUCCCCGUGGUGCGCUGGUUGCCAAAGUACAAGCUCAGAGAGUACGUGUGGGGUGACGUGAUGUCCGGACUCAUUGUGGGCAUCAUCUUGGUGCCACAGGCGAUUGCCUACUGCCUGUUGGCAGGAGUGGAACCCAUUUACGGCCUCUACACCUCAUUUUAUGCCAACAUCAUCUACUUCCUGAUGGGGACGUCCAGACACGUUUCUGUGGGGAUCUUUAGCCUCAUCAGCCUCAUGGUUGGACAGGUGGUGUACAGAGAGCUUUUUUUGGCUGGAUUUGACAUCAGUGAGGAAUCAUCGGUCUUUAACAGUUCCACGUCCUCUAACUACACAGCAGACAACGUAGGCACGGUGGAGUUGAUGGGCUUCCAGUGCGGAAAGGAGUGUUACGCUAUUGGCUUAGCUGCUGCACUAACAUUUCUGGCUGGUGUCUAUCAGGUGUUGAUGGCUGUUUGUCGCCUGGGCUUUCUCUCCAUCUACCUUUCGGCACCAAUGCUGGAUGGCUUUGCCACUGGAGCUUCUUUUACCAUUCUGACCGUGCAGGCUAAAUACCUGUUAGGUCUGAAGAUAUCCCGUCACCAGGGCUACGGCACCGUGGUCGUAACCUGGUUCAACAUCUUUGCCAACAUCCACAAGACCAACUUUUGUGACCUGAUCACUAGUGCUAUCUGCAUCUCCAUAUUAGUGGCUGGUAAAGAGAUCCAGGAGCGCUACAAGAAUCGCCUAAAGGUCCCUCUGCCAACUGAACUGGUAGUAGUGGCAGGAGCUACCCUUGCCAGCCAUUUUGGGGGACUGUACACCAACUAUGGCUCCAGCAUUUCUGGUCACAUCCCCACUGGCUUCAUUCCUCCCAGUGUGCCCAGGUCUGAUCUGAUGUCAAGGGUGGCUCUGGACGCCAUUCCUCUAGCUGUCAUCAGUUUCGCCUUCACAAUCUCACUCUCCGAGAUGUUUUCCAAGAAACACGGUUACACAGUUCGUCCCAACCAGGAGAUGCUGGCCAUCGGUUUCUGUAACAUCAUUCCUUCUUUUUUCCACUGUUUCACCACAAGUGCAGCGCUCGCAAAAACUAUGGUGAAGGAUUCAACAGGCGUCCAGACGCAGGUCUCCAGCCUUAUCAGUGCCCUCGUUGUGCUUCUUGUCCUGCUCUUCUUCGCACCGUAUUUUUAUGCCCUACAGAAAUGUGUCCUUGCCUGUAUUAUUAUUGUCAGCCUCAGGGGGGCACUGAGAAAAUUCAGGGAUGUCCCUUCGAAGUGGCGCACAAGCCGGACCGAUGCCAUUGUUUGGUUGGUCACUAUGUCGGCCACAGCCCUGAUUAGCGUGGAGCUGGGACUUUUGGUCGGAAUCAUCUUCUCCAUGAUGUGCAUCAUCUUCAAGACCCAGAAUCCUAAAGUUUCUAUGAUGGGCCGAGCCAACCACUCGGACUUUUACGAGGAUGUAGACGAAUACAAAAACCUUGUACCACCACCUCAAAUUCGGAUCUUUCGCUUUAACGCUCCCUUGUACUACGCCAACAAGGACUCCUUUCUCAAAUAUCUCUACAACUCUGUGGGAGUCGAACCUUUCUUGGAGUUGACAAAGAGGAGAAAGGCGGAGAAGAAAGCCAAAGAACUGUCUUUGAAGAAUGCCAAAGCGAACAACGAUAAAACCAACGGAGAGGUUGUCGUCGGACUCGUUCAAAGAGAAGUGGAGUUCCACACAAUCGUUUUGGACUGCUCCGCUGUGCCUUUCAUUGACACAGCAGGUACGGCUGCGUUCAAAGGAUUGGUGAAGGAAUACAAGGAGAUUGGUGUGCAUGUGCUGCUGGCCUGCUGUAACACCAUGGUCAUUGAUACCCUUCAGAGGGGGCAGUUCUUUGGGAAGAACAACCAAGAAAUGAGCAGCCGGCUGUUCCACACAGUCCACAGUGCCGUGGUGUUUGCCCACAGCUUGAAGGGCAGUGGUGCAAAAGAAGGAAUUGACAGACAGCAAGAGUCAUGAGUCAUGAGAUUUUAAAGUUUAACGAUCACACUUGCUAAACCUUGCGCUAACUACUUUGUUUUUAGUUACAAUUUUAGGGACAACUAAUAUAGAGUACGAUUUUUUUUUUACGUUUACUGUAGGAGACUUUUCACUGUCAGGGUUGGAGGGUUGGACCUAGGCAUUGGCCAUGCAUACAAAUGUAUAUACAAUUUUGGGUUCCACAUGGUUAAGUGAGUUGCCCUUCAAUUGGGUGGUGGUGCAUUCGCUCCAAGGCCCAACAUGUUUCAGUACCAAAGUGUGUCUGAGCAACACGUUGAUACCAUAAAUAUGGCCUUCACAUACAGAAGAAACAAAUGCAUCCAACACAGAGCUGCAGAAUUCAGAAGUCAUUUACAAUGUCAUUGAUGAACGCUUCUCAACCUUGUUCAAGUCACGGCACAUUUAUAAAAUGUUUUUUAAAAUGUCAUUAAAAGUAUAGGUAAUAAAAUGUAAUGAUCAUCUACUUUUGAUUUACUUUGAUUUAAAUUGAUCACUAAAUUUAUUUACUCAGUAUGAAACCUGAAAUGACGUAUUUGUAGGAAUUGAAGAAAGAUGGAUAUUUUCUUCAACAGUUCUGCCUCACUCUGCUGCUUUUCUUCACACACCAAGCACAAUCUUAUCGUCUGGGUCCUUACAUGGAUCAUUUUCGAUGUUACUCCUGAUGAUGUCAUGGCACAUUCAUCACUUCAUUAAUGCUGUGCCUUAAGGUCAGCACUACUGUGGCUAGAGGCUGCUGGGUGAAAGGAAAUCCUUUUUUUUUAUGAACUAACAGAUGACUGUCAUCAUCAUUCAGUUUUCUACUGUUGUCCAUUGUUUUUUCUUUGAUAAAUCCAGCAUUUACCGUAUGUUACAUGUUUGUGUAUUUGGGGGUGGGGAGUUUGUGCCAUUUUUUAACUGUGCUCUAAAUUUUUGUACUAAAUUUGUACAACAGUUGAAAUUCUCAACAUGUUAAGGCAAAAGCUAUAAACUGUGAACGGAAAAUGUUGUUGUUUUUAGGUAAAUUUUUCUGAUAUAUUUAUCUGUUCUUCCUCAGAACACAUUUUAGACAGUUGACAUUCAAUUAGAAAACACUGCCUUAAUGUUUGAUACUUGAAAUAAACCGAUUAUUCCUAAUACAAAA